CUCUCUACGAAAACACUUUCGGGAAGAAUAAAGUUUUUUUCUGCGCUCAGCCAGUCUUUACUCAGAGCCAAACCGUGGCCUAGCAGGAAGAACGGCUCGACUAUGUGGAGAAAGAAACGGGCACUUGGGGAAUCCUUGGCUUGUCUCGUAUUUCUCGUGACGCUCGUCGAUGCUUAUCGAUUCCUGAGCCAGAGCACAGCCUCCCAGUUCCUGAGCAGGCACAAGAGAGCCAACUCUCUGUUUGAGGAGAGCAAGAAGGGCGACCUGGAGAGGGAGUGCAUCGAGGAGCUGUGCAACAAGGAGGAGGCCAGGGAGAUCUUUGAGAACCAGCCAGAGACGGAAUACUUCUACCCCAGAUAUGUUGUGUGUCUGGGUUCACAUCGGGUCGGCAUCAGCAACCCGAACUCGGAUGCCAUCCCGUCAGACCUUCGCACCUGUGUGAAGGAGAUCAGUGACCAGUGCUCACCGAAUCCAUGCUACAAGGAGGGUUCAGUGCGCUGUGUGGACGGCCAGGCCUCCUUCACAUGCGAGUGUAAACCCGGCUGGAAGGGGCCGCGCUGUGAGGACGACAUCAACGAGUGUGUGGAUCCUGAAUUUCCUGCUGGAUGCAACCAAAAAUGUUACAACCUACCCGGUAGUUUCUACUGCAUGUGUGAAGAUGGCUACUUCAACAAUGACAAAAUCAACUGCGUGGAUAUCAAUGAAUGCCUGAUGUACCCCAGUAUCUGUGAACCACCGUCUAAAUGUGUCAACACGCCGGGCAUGUUUGAGUGCCAGUGUCCCCAGGGUUUCAAAUAUAACUUCACUUCCAAGACCUGCAACGAUGUAGACGAGUGUGAGUUGAGUGUGUGCGACGGGACUUGUAUAAAUACAGUUGGCAGCUAUGCGUGCCACUGUGACGGUCGUCAGGGUCUUCGUUUGGCGGAGGAUGCGCGAUACUGUGAGAGUAUCCCUGUCUGCGUGGAGCUGUACGACUACAGGCACCCUGAGAUGCUUUACCUGGGGGAGCAGUUCACAGGCCUUCCUGUCAUCUACCUGCGCUUCCGUCUGCCGGAGAACACAAAGUUUGCAGCAGAGUUCGACUUCCGUACAUUUGACCCAGAGGGAGUUGUGCUGUACGCAGAGUCCUCGCAGGACUCGUGGUUCAUGUUGGGGCUGAGAGGCGGUCGCAUUGAAGUCCAGUUCAAAAACCAGCACACAUUCAAGGUCACCAGUGGAGGGAAAGCCAUCAAUGAUGGGCAGUGGCAUGUGAUCUCUGUGGACGAACUGGAGAGCAGCAUCAGUGUGAAGAUCAGCAAGGAAGCAGUGAUGAGCAUCAACAGCCCCGAUAGUCUCUUCACUUCAGUCAACGGCAAACUGGAGACGAAGGUGUACAUCGCCGGGCUGCCCAACCGCACCGACAACGUCAUCAAACCUAUCAACCCUCGACUUGACGGCUGCAUCCGAGGCUGGAACCUGAUGAACCAGGGAGCGUCUGGGGUGAAGGAGGUCAUCCAGGAGAAGAAGAGUAAACAUUGCUUUGUGUAUGUGGAGCGAGGGUCUCACUUCACUGGGGCAGGACUGGCGCAGUUCAACAUUGACUACAGUGAUUCUGGGAGCUGGAAUGUGGAUAUAAAGAUGAAUAUACGUCCGUCCAGCAGCACGGGUGUCCUGUUCGCUCUUGUUCACAAUGACACAGUCCCCCUGUCCAUCGCUGUGGUAACGCAGGGAGAAGAAGAUGCUAACCUGCAAGUGUUUUUGGAUGGUGUUUCCGUGGCAAUUCUGGAGUCACUGAUGUUGUGUUACCCCGACCGGCUGAUGGUGCAGCUGAAUGUGACUCCAACUGAAAUCCAAAUCUCAGGCAACUCCUCCUCUGUUACCUACAUGAAGUCUGUCGACCUGCAGGAAGCACUGAAGCGCCUCAACAGCACCAUGCAGAACCCUGUCAGUACAUAUAUCGGAGGGAUACCAGAUGACGUCCCGUUACCCGCCACCCCAGUGACGGCCUUUUACCACGGCUGCAUGGAAGUCACCAUCAACGGCCAGCAGCUGGACUUCGACGAGGCUCUGAGCAAACACAACAGUAUUAAGUCCCAUUCCUGUCCUCCUGUGUCUGCCCCCGAGAGUCACCCUGAAGUGCAGCAACCACAUCCGCACCAAAAGUGACCUUAAUUAACACUGAAAAGCCCUCACAUUAGGCAGCGUCCCACAGCGGCCACUUCCUGGGAUAUUUUGGAAAGAGAGAUAUAGAGGAGGAGAGUGGAGGGAGGGAGGAAGGGGGGUAGACGAUUAUAGUCAUUUUUGUCGACUUUCUCUGAUGGGUUCAUUUAUGCUUUUCAUCCAUACAGUAUUAUUGUUCCUGUCCUAGGAGCAUUUUGUUCACUUUUUAUUUCUUAGUGAGGCACAACGAAAGCUGACUCGCCAGUGAGCAAGUCGGAAGCUGGAUGGUCGGAUGACGUAGUUGUAGCAGUUUGUUGCAAUGAAUUAAAAGCUUUCCAAGAAAUGUCUGAAAAGAGCUGAGCUCUGUAGCACGCAUACCAUGUGUUGAGCAAGAGAUGGUUAUGUUUGUGUAGAAAAAUAAACAAAUGGUCACUGUUGACCAGGCUUUGAGACCACCUGCAUCUCUUUUCCCUGUUGUUGCAUCAUGGUAUAUCUCUGGGUGCUCUUCAAAUAGAGUGCUGCAGGGAUGACGAUUAUUUGUAGGCCAGCCUGGGAGUUAACGUCGCCCUGGUUCCCUUGACAGAAAGCCAGUGGGAUUUUUUCUAUUGGAUUUUGGAUUACUGCAGAAAAUAAGCUCUGUGACAAACAAAAGUUUAUGAAACUUACACGCUUUGUUCAGCAAGAUUAUGAACACUGCUUAUAUGAUUUUUGAAGCAUAACUGCAAUUAACAGAAGUAAAAAGCUAACAUAUAUGGAGCUAGCACAGUGACAGUACUUUUUUUUUUUAAAUUUGGCAUUGAAAAAGGAAAAAUCACACUGGAAAAAAGUCAUUAAAAAUGUUCUUUUUUUUUUAUUUGAAUGUUUUUGCAUUCUGAUAUGUUUUACAAUGACAAUAUUUAGAUUUUUUUUUCAUGUCAUCCUUUCGUCAGUGUCAGUUUUGUGACAGAAAGUUGAAAAUAAAAACUAAAACGUAAAAAAAGAAGACAUUUAAAAAAAAGUGGUGUGAAGCAAAAAAAAUCAGAAGACUGUCAUUGCAAAACACACUAGGAUGCAAAAAAUAAAAAUAAAAAUAAAAAAUGCUUUAAUGCCUGAACUUAAUUUUUCAGUGGAUUUUUUUCAAGGCGAGGCAGCUUUAUUCGUAAAGCACAAUUCAUACACAAGGGCAAUUCAAAGUGCUUAACAGAGCAAAAAAAUAUAAAACAUAAUAAAGGACACAGAGAAGAGUAAAGAGGAAAAAAGAUAUAAAAGGUAAUUCAAAAUUAAUUACUAAAUGAUUCAAAAAACAAAAAGAAAUCAUCACCAUUAAAAAUAGCAAAAGUGCUGACAAGAGGUGCAAAGGUAAAAGAUUAUUUUAGAAGACUUGCAAUUGACUUCGGUGCUAAUGUUUGCUUUAUCAAUGCCAAAUGUUGUUGUUUAAUGCCAAAACGUACUGCCAUUGUUUAAGUCUCAUAAUGUCAGGCUAUAAACAAACUAUAUCAUGGCGGCAUGACUUCCACACCACCACAGCGAGGCUAUAAAGUUAUGUACAGCAUGGUUGAGUGUGAUGACGCUCUGUAGCCUUAUUUAUUCACUUAUUAGCAACCUAGUUUUUUUUUAAGGCAUUUAAAUGCUUCAGAGUUCAUGAGGGGUAUUUAUCGGAGUAUUUAACACCAUAAAACAAAUAUUUCAACCUUGUGUUGGCCACAGACCUUAUGUCAGACAUCUAAUCAAAAAUACAUUGAAAAAGAACCCACUGGGAUGCAAACUCAUUUCUGACAUUUCUAGGCUUUGGGACUCCUCCCUGCAGCACUCUGGUGGAGACAAACGUCUGGAGACAUCUACAAAUUAUUGUUGGUUGUGGCACUUAAGGAGACUCCUGAGGUGUUACAUAGGUUUGGUAACACAUAGAAAUAUGGUUUAUAAUUUCAUUGUUCCCACCAUGGUUGUCUCCACCUCUCAUCACGGCCAGUCUUUGAAGACUAAACUUCUGCUGCAUCAUGUCCUCAUCUUCAGGGUUCUCCUGGUUGGUCAGUGUUAACUCACCCUGUGUAUAAAACAAGCCAUCUUUAAUAUAUAACUUAAAUGUAGUUGUCCAGUGUUGUGUUUGUUUUAUGUUUGUUUUAAUAAAAUUGGUCAGAGCAACCUUA